AUGAAAAAUGUAAGUACUCAUAUUGCUAUAUAUUUAUUCUGUUGUAUAUUUUUAAUUCAUGAUUUAUGCUAUACAUUUAAAAUUGAUAAUAUCCCAAUAAAGAAUAACAAAUUUAGUGAUAUUUUUCAGAAAGCAGUAAAAAAUAUAAAUAAACAUCUUAAUAAGAAAAAUGUAAACUAUGAUAUAUGUAAAUAUAGAAAAAUUCCCAAUAUUCUGUUACAAACAAAUAAUUGUAAGAAAAAGAAAAAAUCGAAUUAUAUAGUUGGAAUAGAAAAUACAUGUGAUGAUACUUGUAUUAGUGUUAUUGAUACCAAUUUAAAUAUAAUUAAAAAUGUUAUCAUUUCCCACUAUAAAGUUGUGCAUAGUUAUGAAGGUGUAUAUCCUUUUUUUAUAAGUUCUUUAAAUAGUUUAUUCUUAAAACAUUAUGUCAACAAGAUAUUAGAUAAUAUAGAUCCUAAACGUGUUAUCUGUUAUGGCUUUAGUUCCUGUCCAGGGAUAGCAAAAAAUAUGGAAGCAGCAAAAAAUUAUAUAGGAGAAAAAAAAAAACAAAAUGAAAAUAUCAAAAUAAGUGCUGUAAAUCAUAUAUUUGCCCAUAUUCUUUCACCACUAUUUUUUAAUUUUUAUAAUGAUAAGAAUACGUACACAAAUAGUGAUGAAUAUAAAAAUGAAAAUAUCAAAGCAGAUGAGAAGGAUGACAAAAUUUAUUUAAACAUCUCAGAAAGCAUAAAAAAUGAUGAGGAGCAUAAAAACAAAAUAAAAAAUGUUCUAGAAGUUUUAAAUAAAAAUAUUAUCACACAAGAAAAAUUAACAAAUUUGAUUGAGGAUGAUUUUUUUACAUAUGGGUCAUAUGUACUAAACAGAAUAAAGAAAAAAAACCAAGAAGAGAAUAAAUUGAAUGAUAAAAAAAUAAAUAAUACUGAAGCAAAAAAAGAGAGUCAGGAAAAUAAGGAUACAAAUAAUGAACCAAUGAAUAUCAUACAAACGGAAUAUUUGAAAGAUGGUUAUCUUUGUAUUUUAGUUUCAGGAGGUAGUACAGAUGUUUACAAAGUUCAGAAAGAUACAAAGAAUGCUAUUAAUGUGUGUAAAAUAUCUACAACAAUGGAUAUAACUAUUGGUGAUGUUAUUGAUAAGGUUACAAGACUCCUCGAACUUCCUGUUGGUUUAGGUGGAGGACCAUUUCUUGAAAAAGAAGCACAAAAAUAUAUAAAAAAUUUAAAAUGUGCAUCUAAUGAAAAUAUUCAAAAUGAUCCUUUUCAACCUUUUCCUAAUCCUUUUUCAACUAAUAAUAUAAUUGAUUUUUCCUUUUCUGGAAUUUUCAAUCAUAUGAGUAAAAUAAUAAAAAAAUUGAAAAGUGAAAAAUCAUUUGAAAAAGAAAAAGCAAGAUAUGCGUACUAUUGCCAGAAAAAUAUAUUCCAUCAUUUAUUAAAACAAGUGAAUAAAAUAAUGUAUUUUUCUGAACUGCAUUUUAAUAUAAAAAAUGUAUUUAUAGUUGGGGGAGUUGGCUGUAAUAAUUUUUUAUUUCAAAGUUUAAAAGAUAUGGCUGCAAAACGGGACAAUGAAGAAAAUCAAAUAAAAGAAUAUAAUCGUUUAAAAAAACGAUUAAGGAAGAAAAUGAAAAAAAUUAAUGAUGAAAACUUGUCUGUAUUAAAAAUUUCAAAAGAGAGUCUCAAAAGCGAUCAUGAUUAUAAUUCUUCCUUGUCAUGGAAUAUAUAUUUAAAAAAUCUUUUAAAGAAAAGGAAAAGUGAAGACAUUCUAUCAACAUUCAAAUUAUUUAAUUUUGAUGACUUUAUAAAAUUGAAACAACAAGGAAGUUUUUUAUUAGAUGAUACUGUUUUUAAAAAAAAUACAAACCCUUGGAGUAUUUACAAGACCCCUUUAAACCUUAGUAGGGACAAUGCUGCAAUGAUAGCCUUCAACACCUUUUUAAAUUUACAUAAUAAAAUUAAUGUUUAUGACGACACGUCAGAUAUCGACAUAAAAACUACAGUUAAAACAAAAUUGGAGAAUAAUUUUUUACUUCUAUCGGAUAUAAUAAUUUUUGAUGUAAUGCUACAAUAUUAUGACAAUAAUAAGGGAUGA